CCGGAAGUAUCGGUCUUGUUUCCGAGCUCACGCUUGGACAAUCUCCCCAUAAACAAAAUGUAUCUAGAUAUUUUUAAGUCCCGUCUCCACCCGAUGAUUACACUUUAAAAAGCGGAAUAAACCAUUUUACCGGGAUUAAGUAACUAAUCAGCGAGACGAUGCCGUAUUUCGGGUGCGAGGAGACGGUGAAGGACCUGAAGAGGGCGCUGUCCAAUCCAAAUGUCCAAGCAGACCGGCUCCGCUACAGAAAUUACAUCACACGGGUCAUCAGGUGUAUGACGGAGGGUGUGGACGUGUCGAGUGUGUUCAUGGAGAUGGUGAAGGCGAGCGCGACGGUGGACGUGGUGCAGAAGAAGCUGGUGUUUCUCUACAUGGUGACGUUCGCCGCGGUGAAACCCGACAUGGCUCUGCUCGCGAUAAACACGCUGAGGAAGGACUGCGACAACCCGAACCCCAUGAUCCGCGGCCUGGCGCUCCGCAACAUGUGCAACCUCAGGAUGCCCGGAAUAAUCGAGUACAUCCAUCAGCCGGUCCUGAACGCACUGCGGGACAAAUCGUCCUACGUGAGGAGAGUAGCCGUGUUAGGAUGCGCCAAAAUACACAGCCUCCAACCUGAAGCUGAGAUCGAUGGCGCUAUGGUGAACGAGCUGUACUCUCUGUUGAGAGACCCCGACCCUGUAGUGAUGGUAAACUGCCUGCGUGCUCUGGAGGAGAUCUUACACCAGGAAGGAGGCGUCGUCAUCAACAAGCCCAUCGCUCACCACCUCAUCAACAGGCUGAAGGAUUUGGACAGCUGGUCUCAGAGCGAAGUUCUCACGUUCCUCCUGCGUUACCGUCCCCGAAACGACGACGAGCUCUUCGACAUCCUCAGCCUGAUCGACACCUUCCUGCUCAGCGCUCAGCCGCCCGUCAUGGCCGCCACACUCCGCCUUUUCCUGCAUUUAGCUGCCGCUCAGCCAACGGUGCAGGCUGACGCCCUUACGCGUGCCCGGGGCCCCCUGCUGGCAGCCUGCGGAGCUGCAGCCCGCGAAAUGCGCUUCACAGCGCUCUGCCACGUGCAGCAGGUCCUCCGGAGUCAACCAACCGCAUACGGCAGCCAUUACAAACGCUUCUUCUGCGCUUUCUCUGAACCGACGUACAUCAAACUCCGCAAAAUGGAGAUCCUGGAGGAGCUGGUGAACGACGAGAAUGUAGCACUGAUCUUAGAGGAAAUGAAGAGUUACUGUACUGACGUCUCCACCGAACUGGCCCAGGCUGCCAUUAAAGCGAUAGGCCGGAUCGGACGAACGUACACUGAGAAGUGUCUGGAGAUUCUCACAGGAUUGUUGGCACUGAAGCAGGAACACAUCACUUCUGCUGUGUUACAGACGUACAGAGACCUGGCAUGGUUUUGCCCCCAAAGCACCGCGGCCGUGUGUCGUGCCGUCGAGGGGUGUGACGAUCUCCCUCAGGACGACGAGGGAAAACAGGCUUUGUUAUGGCUGCUUGGGGUGCAUGGAGAUCAGAUCAGUAGCGCCCCCUAUGUGCUGGAGGGCUUCAUAGACGGACUAAGGAUGGAGAUCUCCUCUGCAGUGAAGACAGAACUUCUCACAGCAUCGCUGAAAUUAUUUCUGUCCCGUCCUGCAGAGACUCAGGACAUGCUGGGGCGUCUCUUACACUACUGUAUUGAGGAGGACAGUGAUAUGUGUGUGAGAGAUCGAGCUCUGUUGUACUACAGACUCCUGCAGUGUGGAGUAAACGAAACCCGCAAGGUUCUCCUGGGUCCAAAAUCAGACAUGUCCAUGACCAUCAUUACCGGGCGGACCGAGGAACCUGUCAAUCACUGGGCUUCCAGUUUCAACACGCUGGAUCCUCUUUUAGGAGCCGAGAGCCGCGCUCAGGACGUUCCUGCAGAGAUCUCUAAUGGAGAUGGAGAAAUCAAAAUAGAUGAUACGGAUCCAGCCUUUCAGAAUGGAACACUGAGGGAAGAAAGAGACACUGACGGCAUUCCUGAUGCCUCAGCAGAACCAGCGCUGUCUCUGAGUCCUCUGGUAUCCCAUGACGUUUUUGAAAAGCUGUGGAUGGAGCUGCAGGUGCUGCACCGUCAGUGUCUGGGCGUCCCUCGUCCCUCCGUCUCUCCCGACACUCUAAACUCCGCCUUCCAGCUGGUGAAGAUCCAGAUCUUGGCGUACAGCCGGAGCGACGCCCGUCCCUGGAAGCUCUACAUGUACAGCUGGAGUGGUGGCAGCGUGAUCCUCGCCGAGCUCCUGCAGGACGCUGCAGACGAGCCCCAUCGCCACGGCAACCUCAAACUGUCUAUCAAACAGCAUCCCGAGGAGCGAGAAGCCGUCGAAGGCUUCGUGUCUGUGGUCUUAAACGUCCUACGCACACUGAGCUCAGCCGACACAUCAUGAUGCGUUCACUUUCAAAGCUAUAGACUGUUCAUUUCAUCCAUAAUAAUCUUUUAAUUAAUAAAUUCAUUUGAGCUACA